CCAGGGCUGGGGGCGGGGACCCGGGCUGCGGGCGUGGCCGGAGGCGAGCGCAGCGGACGCGCGUCCAGAGUGGAAAAGAAGGAGGGGCGCCAGGAGUGACGGUGCGGGAGCCGCUGCCAGCCCCGGACCGGAGUCCGUGGCUCGGCCCCGAGGACGAGGUGGGCCAGAGGCCAGAUCCGCUCCUCGGACCCUCCGACGCGGUCCCAGCCAGAGCGGCUGCGGUUCCUGGCGAGGUGGGGAGGCGCUGCCAAGCCCCAGCAGGGGAAGAUGUUCAACGUGGAGUCGGCGGAACGGGUGGAGCUGUGCGAGAGCCUUCUCACUUGGAUCCAGACAUUUAAUGUGGAUGCACCAUGCCAGACCGUGGAAGAUUUAACGAGUGGGGUUGUGAUGGCCCAGGUUCUUCAAAAAAUAGAUCCUGCAUAUUUUGAUGAAAAUUGGCUAAAUAGAAUCAAAACAGAAGUGGGAGAUAAUUGGAGGCUAAAGAUAAGCAAUCUAAAGAAAAUUUUAAAAGGAAUCCUGGAUUAUAAUCAUGAGAUUUUAGGACAGCAAAUUAAUGACUUUACCCUCCCUGAUGUGAACCUUAUUGGGGAGCAUUCUGAUGCUGCAGAGCUCGGAAGGAUGCUUCAGCUUAUUUUAGGCUGUGCUGUGAACUGUGAACAGAAGCAAGAGUACAUCCAAGCCAUUAUGAUGAUGGAAGAAUCUGUUCAACAUGUUGUCAUGACAGCCAUUCAAGAGCUGAUGAGUAAAGAAUCUCCUGUCUCUGCUGGAAAUGAUGCCUAUGCUGACCUGGAUCGCCAGUUGAAGAAGACUACAGAGGAACUAAAUGAAGCUUUGUCAGCCAAGGAAGAAAUUUCUCAAAGAUGCCACGAACUGGACAUGCAGGUUGCAGCAUUGCAAGAGGAGAAAAGUAGUCUAUUGGCUGAGAAUCAGGUAUUAAUGGAAAGACUUAAUCAAUCUGAUUCCAUAGAAGACCCUAACAGUCCAGCAGGAAGAAGGCAUCUGCAGCUCCAAACUCAAUUAGAACAGCUCCAAGAAGAAACAUUUAGACUAGAAGCUGCCAAAGAUGAUUAUCGAAUACGCUGUGAAGAGUUAGAAAAGGAAGUCUCUGAACUUCGGCAGCAGAAUGAUGACCUAACCACUUUGGCAGAUGACGCUCAGUCUCUAAAAGAUGAAAUAGAUGUUCUUAGACAUUCUUCUGAUAAGGUGUCUAAACUAGAAGGCCAAGUGGAAUCAUACAAAAAGAAGCUAGAAGAUCUAGGUGACUUGAGGCGGCAGGUUAAACUCUUAGAAGAGAAGAAUACUAUGUAUAUGCAGAACACUGUCAGUCUAGAGGAAGAGUUAAGAAAAGCCAAUGCAGCUCGAAGCCAACUGGAGACAUAUAAGAGACAGGUAGUAGAACUGCAAAAUAGAUUAUCUGAAGAAUCGAAGAAAGCAGAUAAAUUAGAUUUUGAAUAUAAGCGGCUAAAAGAAAAAGUUGACACUCUUCAAAAAGAAAAGGAUAGGUUGAGGACAGAGAGGGAUUCUCUGAAGGAAACCAUUGAGGAGCUUCGUUGUGUGCAGGCUCAAGAAGGGCAGCUCACAACUCAAGGGUUAAUGCCUCUGGGAAGCCAGGAAUCUUCGGACAGUCUGGCAGCAGAGAUUGUUACACCUGAAAUCAGGGAGAAACUUAUUCGUCUUCAGCAUGAGAAUAAGAUGUUAAAACUUAACCAGGAGGGUUCAGACAAUGAAAAAAUUGCCUUAUUGCAGAGCCUGCUGGAUGAUGCAAAUCUACGCAAGAAUGAACUGGAGACAGAGAAUAGGCUGGUGAAUCAGAGACUUUUGGAAGUACAGUCCCAAGUUGAAGAACUGCAGAAAUCUUUACAGGACCAAGGAUCAAAGGCAGAAGAUGCUAUUUCAGUUCUUCUAAAAAAGAAACUUGAAGAACAUCUAGAGAAGCUGCAUGAGGCCAACAACGAGCUGCAGAAGAAGAGGGCCAUCAUCGAAGAUCUGGAGCCCAGGUUUAACCACAGCUCCUUAAAAAUUGAAGAAUUACAGGAAGCUCUACGGAAGAAAGAAGAGGAAAUGAAACAAAUGGAAGAACGAUAUAAGAAAUACUUAGAGAAAGCUAAAAGUGUUAUCCGUACUUUAGAUCCUAAACAGAACCAAGGAGCAGCACCAGAAAUACAAGCUCUGAAAAACCAGCUUCAGGAACGGGACCGACAGUUCCAUUCAUUAGAGAAAGAAUAUGAGAAAACAAAGAGUCAGCGAGAGAUGGAGGAGAAAUACAUCGUCAGUGCCUGGUACAACAUGGGAAUGACUCUGCAUAAAAAGGCAGCUGAAGACAGACUUGCUAGUACAGGUUCAGGGCAGUCAUUUCUGGCCAGGCAAAGACAAGCAACCAGCACAAGAAGGUCUUACCCCGGCCAUGUUCAACCAGCCACAGCAAGGUAGACAAGUCUUGCUAUUUGAACAAAAAACACCCUGCAUUCAAACAUACUUCUGUUAUCCAUAACACCAUUUCAGGAAAUUCAGCCAGCUAAUGUUUUUUCUGUGUUAAUUACUUGUUUCUCAUUUGAGGACUUUCUCUCUGUAUCUAUAAUGUUUUAGUUUCUUGGUUCUUUAUUUUGUAGUCUUUUCAGUUUCUUUUAAUGUGCCAAAAAAUUUUAAAUGCCCAAUUAAAAGUGUUGUAUAACAGUGUAGUACAUUUCUUUGUAUGAAAACGUCCUUUCCCCAAUGGUGUAAGCUUUGUAAUGAAUUAGAUUUUCUGCCAAUAAUUGAUAUACAAUUUAUAUUCUUUGUUGUGCCUCUGUGUUACCAUGCUUUACAAGAAUGUCUUUGUUUAAAGGGAAUUAAUCUUUAUAUAUUAAUCUGUGUUUUCAAUUGUUUUCCAAAUGCACUUCAAAUAACUUGCAUAUUUACUAUAUAAAAUGAAUGGUUGGCAAGUGCACUUUUUGCAAAGACAUAAAUACAUUGGCAGAGGUGCUAAGUAGACCUUACCUAGGGCACCUGAUACAAUUAUUUAGAGGGAAAAAAUUAGUUUUCACAUUGUUUUAUAGGAAAUUAAAUUUGUUCGAAGAUUUGGAAACUAUUUUUAAAACAUAAAUACACAGAAUUUUAUUAUUUCCUGCUAUCUUGUUGCUGGCGGAAGUGAAUGCAUUGGUUAGGUUAUUAGGGGGUAAAUUACAGAAGAGAAGAAAUCAGGCAGUGCAUUAAUUUUUUUCCUUGUUUUGGAAUACCACAGUACCUGAGGAUCAGAUUCUGGCAGUGUGGCUGGUACUCUAGUUUCAAUUGGCCUCCACAUCUUAGAGACCUAUUUUUUAUAUGCUUACAGGUAAUAGCAGCACCUUCGGGGCAACUUCCUUUUUGACUUGCAUCUCAUUGUUACUUACUUGUUAAUAUAAAUACUUCUAUUUCUCAAUAUUUCCUAAUACUUAACAUCUUAAUAUCAGUCAUUAAGGUCAAUAAGUGGCUUCUUACAUGUGAUGUUGUGAUAGGUCUCUUUCACAUUUUUUCUUAAUUCUAUGUAUUAGUCCAAGAAUUUGCUACUCAACAGAUUCUCUUAGGUAUUUGGUUGCAUCAAAAUGCUUAGAUAUGUUUAUGGGUUGAUUGUAAACCAUGUUUAUUUACAUUGGUAAAUGGUUGUCAUGUAAUAAUGACUGUAAAGCACUUUGACUACAGCAGGUGCUAUAUAAAUGUACAGAAUCACUUAUUUGAAAAUGAAAUGCCUCUGCCUGACUUUCCAUGUCGACUUAAGUGUUUGAUCCCCAUUUAUAUUUAAGCUUCCCUCCAGCCUUUUAAUUGCACCCUAUAGCCCAUUUUUUAAAAAAGCAAAACAUUACUUAAAUUAGAUCAAUUUUUUGUUUGUUUUUGUUUUUAGAUAGGUCACCUAAUAAGAGGAUUUUAUUUCAUUGUACUUGCUGUUUAGAAGCUCAGGUUUCAUUUAGUUCUGGAUAUUAAAUACAAAUUAGUAACUUUAAAUCAAGCUAAAUGUAAUUGAGAAUUUUCAGACACUAUAUUCAAAUGUUUGAUUUUAAACUCUUCCAUUUUUAUAAGAAAAUUGACCUAAAAAUUAGUAGUGUUUUCAUUUGCCCUCAGAAAUCGGACUUGAAGAAAGUAUUAGAAUAUACACAGAAUUGACUUCAUGCAUUGUGCUAAUUUUACACUAAGAACAGAAGCCUAAGCACAGCGUGAAUGCUUCUGCCUGAAAUGACCAUAAAGCAGGAAGAACUAUAAUAAUGGAGAGAACCACGUGAGUAGAGUACAGUGUGGGGUUUCAGGAGGCUAAGCAGACCUAAUCAACAUAGAAAGUUUUGACAAUAAGAGAUCAAAACCCAUUUAGGGCGGUUCUUACUCCCAGCCCUCAUUUUACAAAUAGCAUUAGGGGCCAACUGUUUUAAAACAGAGUGUGAACACUAACCUUGGUAAAAUUAAAAUAAUUGGGAAAUUAUACCCACAGAAUAAGGUAGAUGAACAUAAAAGAGUCUAUGAACUAUUUAUUAAAAGGAUUGUAUCCCCGUAAGAUAAGAGGAUUUAAUUGUACUUCUUAAUUAUUUACUGCCCAGUCCUGAUCUCCAGCCCACCCACCAGCUCAGAUACACUUCUCUAAAUGGGUUGGAGAGGUACCAGCCUUUUAAAGGAUGUUUUCCUUAUUAUUCUUCUUCUUCAGCAUGUUGCAUGCUAUUAUUUUGGUAUUUUACAUUCAUAACUUUCACUCUCCUUUACCUUCAAGGUUUAGUAUAUUACUUUCAUUAUAUAGAAGAAAUUAUAUUACUAACAUUCUAUGAUAUUUUUUAAGAAAGACAGGAAUAAAACUUAGCCCUAACAGUGACAACUCUAUUUCUCUUGUCCACCUCUGGGGAGGAUUUAUGAAAUUUCUUUCUUCUGUAAUGAUUAAUAAUUUCCCAGGAAGUGUGUGACGAUGCACGGUCUGCAGGAAGGUAAAAGACCCUGGGCACGUUAUUGAGCUGCGCGCUAUGCUGCGCUGCUCAUUCACUGACUCCUUAGACGCAGGCGCUUCAGGACAGUCCGCUCGGGAGGCGGAGCCAGUCCUGGCCUCCGCAGUGGAGUGAGUACAGUGCUACUGCAUUAGGCCGAGGUGGUCCAUCAGUCUAGUGCCCAUGUUCCUAUAAACAAAAAGCGUAUUUGCUGUUUUCCUUCCAAUCAGGUGUUAAGGAAAUACAAAGUAAACUAAGGAAUAGUAAAGCAUAACAUUUGUGUUCUUCAGUGUAUAUUUAAGAAGUUCGUAAUGGGGGAAAAAUCCAGCAAAUAUUGUAGUUUACCACAUCUAAAAAGAGAAUGAAUAAUACAGUUGUACUUAAAAGAACUUCCAAAAUUUCAUCCAUAUCUUUUUAUAAUUUGCCUAAUCACUUGUUAAUAACCAAGAAAAAGAAGUCCCAAAAUAAAAGACCCAUGUUCCAAAAUUGAUCAAGAUUGAAUUAUUUCUAUUAGAUAGCCAUAGCCUAGUGAAAUUGGCUUAAUGGGAUACUUAGAUUAUAAAAGGAAGCAUUGCCUAUAAUUUCAUUGAGGUUUUAUUAUUUGAAUUAUAUAAUAAAAGCUCAAUUGUACAAAAUUAAGCUAAAUGUUAUCCAGCCAGAGACAUAAGCCUGUAUAUACACUUCAUUAGUUUUCACAAAGGUAUGGAAAUUCAUGCUGUCAAGUAGAUGAGCAGUAAGUUGGAAGUGAAAGCUGAGUUGAAGACACGUCACUUAUGCUCUACUUUCCCCACGUCUCCUUGUCCAGAGCAGUUCUGUCCAGGCUUGCGAACUGAUGAGCUAUUUCUGAGAGCCUCCUGCGCCCAGGUAGGCAUCCUCUUUCAAGAUAGCCAUGCUAAAAACUUGAAAACCUUUACCCUGGUAUAAGAAUUAUCUUGAAACAAAAAUACAAAUUUUGAAAUUAUCUUAACUCUCUGCAUUCAAUCUCCAGUUAUCCAUAUCUCAGACUCCAGGAAUGUUACAAUUGUCUUCAGUUGGAACAUGUGAGCUCUAUCCGAAAAGACAUCCCCAUCUCACAGGUAGUACAAAGCCAGCUAGAUCACAGACACGUGGGUCAGAACACCUGUGACCCUGCAGGGACAGCCAAGUACCUGGCGUCUUGCUUUUGCUAAGGGCAAAAUAACAACAUUAAGACAAAAUAGGACUUUUUUUGUUGUUGUUGUCUGUUCAUUAAAGUAUGGAAGGAUAUUUUGACUGUUUAGCCUGACGUUAUGAAGGGACCCUUUCCCCAGAGAGGGCUGUGGAACUGACUGACGUAGCUUUGUACUCCUUACCACCAGAGAAGCCGGUGCGGUGCCCCAAAGCAGGGUGAAACACUGUACUCGACAGAAGUAGGAUGGGCUACCAGAAACUUCUAAAAUCACUUUAGCAUGCUUUUUACUUUUACGUUUUUGUAAGAUAAAAGGGUUUUCCAUUCAGUAAUGAUCAUCUCUCCUGCGGUUCCCCCCCGUCGGUGGGCACUGGUUUCGGUGGUCGCACAGCCCAGCUCCAUCACAACGAGAGAGCAGUGUCAGAGCCUGUCCUCUGCCGCUGGAAUGACGGUACUGUUUGUCUCGUGGAGUCUGUGUGUGAGGAAGGCCGUUCUCGAUGCAUCUGCCACCCUAGUUUUUACUUUCUAUAAAGCAUACUUAAAUAGUAAGUAGUGUAAGUUCCUUUUAUUGAAACUUUUGAAAUGGUUUUAUUGUCUCAUUUGAGCACAGUGAUGUUAGGGUCUAGUUUUGCAGGAAAUAUUAUUCAUUUCUCAGAAGCCUAAAAAACAUGAGAGAAUGUGUUACGCAGCUAAUUUCUGCCCUUCACCUGUUCCUUCCAUCAUGGAUGCAUAGGUAUUUAGCUUCCUUUUUAUAAAAUGAGGGACAGUACAGGUGUGAUGACAUCCAUUUCCUUCACAUCAUUGAUUAUAUUCUUGGGAAGCAUGUGCCGAUUAUUUUGUUUUUAAACAGCCCUUUAUCAGUCCAAUUCACAUAUAUUAUCUUUUUAAUGUAAAAACUUAUGAAAUUUAUAUUUAAUGCUACCUUUAAAUACACUUGGAUUUUUUACAUUGCACUUAAGAUGAUAGAGAAGGGACAUUAGUUAUGGAAAAACUAGAGACCCAAACCUAGUUAUGUCAAGUAUAUGAGUUUUGGCAACUGUGGGGAACCUAUAAAUGUUUUCUAACAAUUAUCUAUCAGCAAUUAUGUCUCUUUUCAAUAUUUUUCUGUUUUUUUAACAUUUUCAAACAAUAUUCUGUAAGAUAAGUUUGUAUGCCAUAUAUAAGUGAGGAUAGAAGUCUGAGAAAGUAACAGAACUGUUCUUAAGACAAAUUCAUUCCUAGAUAGUAGAGUGGAUUAUUGGGAUAAGAAAUGACCUAGUUCUAGAACAUUUCCAGGCAGAGAGAAGUAUAAUACAAUCAAAACUUACAGUCUUAACAAAUGCUUCUAAAGUAAUAGUUUAUAUGAAAUUUCUGACUUUAUUAUGUGAUUAUUCAAUUAAAAAGUAGACAAAAGUAUAAUUUAUUUUCUAAUUAUCCUUCCCUUCAGUGGGCAUAAAUUGGGCACACCAUAUUAACUGUAUAUGUUAUCAUUGGAAGGGAAAACACCUGUUUUCAUUUUGAAACUGUUAACCCAUUACUAACCCUGAGGUUGUGAUUUGAGGUCGUUAAGAAUACUGUGAUUUGACAAGAUGAGAAGAAAUCUGUGGGGCUGAAAAUCGCUACCAACUUCCUUACAGUCACCUCAAUCUGCUGCUUUAGCCAGUUUACAAACCAUAGGCUCAAGUGUAUGUUCUCCUUGAUUAUACAUAGUAGCCCCACAGAAAUAUUUGUUUAAAGUCAAGGCAAAAAUAGUUUAAAAAUACAUAUUCAAGGCGAGCCCUUGUGUUCCUGAUACAUUUCCACCAGGCUCUGAAGGAGAUGUUUAGGAUCUGAAGAUGAAGUUAUCAGAGAGGGUGUCCAUGGCCUCAAAGGGGUGGGUCCCUGGGGUUAUCGAACACCCUGCAUUUUGUCCACUCAGAGCUUAAAGGAAAAGUUAAAUGUCAUGGGAAGAACAAUCUCAAAGUGAGAAAAAGAAAACUACCAGAGCAUGCUGAGGCUUUAAUUAUGUACAGGGGAGACGUCUGAGCUGGCAUUAUCACUUUUGAGAUUUCUAAAUUGACAAAAGAAAAUAAUUAGUAACUGUAUUGUGAAAUUAAUAGAAGGGACUCGUGUUUAUUCUCGGUGUACUUGUCAACCUGUGUUCAGUGAUUACUGUAUAUACACUCUGUCGUGUUUAUUUUGUAUAUGUCACUAUUAGAAUUGAGUGUCUUGAUAUUACUUACUAUUCUCAUCAUUUAUGUAUUAUUUAUACUUCACUGCAAGAUUCACAGCACUUUACUAAUAUUAGAUGAUUAUUUUCCUUAACUUCCUGUGGCAUGUUUUAUUUAUCUUUUCCAAUGGGGUUCUUUUCCCUAUUUUGGAGAAUUCACUAAGAAAAAUAUAAAAGAUUGCCCAAAUAAAUGGGCUUUGUACUCUUCCUGAAAUUUUUAAAGUCAGAUCUGAAGUUCUAAGUCUGGAGAGGUAUUUGAAAUUGGGUUGGGGCUACUAGGCAUGAAUUACAUUUUAUAUUUCACAUUAAUCAAACUUAUGUAAGUUAAUAACUAAUGAAACGAAGUUCUCUCACAUAAAUGCCCUUGAAACGUUGUUUUCUGGAGUUGGAGCAGUAAAACGUGAAUAAUCUUCUGGUGAAUCAAAAGAUGUUCUUACCUUUAAUUUUCCUGUCGCCUAAAAUACAAACCUACAAACUGUCCUUAACAUUCGUAGUUUCUUCAUCAUUGCAUACACCCAAAGGCAGAAGAAAGAAAGCCAAGUUCCAUGAGCUGUUAAGUCAGAGGAUCUGGAAAGUGGUUGGGGUGGAGUGAUGGGAAAAGGCAGACCCCAAAGAUGGCAGAACAGUACGGAAAUAUUAUUAGUUCUGUUAUAACAGAUAUACUUUAUGAAGCUGAUCAUUUUCUUGAGUUCAAAUACAGCAAAGCUUUUGGCUUACUAAGGGAUGUUUUUAAGAUUUAGGACUCUGCCAUUUGUAACUGGAAUAUAGCAGUAUUCAAAUCAUAGUCAAAAAGUACCAAAAUAGUUGUUGUUACAUAAGCAUCAACACAUGAUUACUGCCAAACAAUAGGAAGAUUUGCUCGUGAGGACAUUUUCUUAGUUUUGUAUCAUUUUGUUUUCAGAUGAGAGAAAGGUUUUUACAGUGUGAAAAGUUUCUGUAGUUUUUCUUCUGCAGUCCCCACAUCUGACUCAUGGGCUCUGCCCAGGCAGGUCCUAGAAGAGAGCAACAUGGAAAAGCAGGUCUAGACGCCAACCUUGGAGAGGAGAGCUGGACUUUGUCCUCCCAACACAGAAAACCACACACGCAUGUGUGAGUGCAUGUGUACACACUUGAGGACAGACCAUGUUAUGGAUGUCUACCAAUUAGUAGUUGAAUGGAUAGGUUUCCUUCAGAUUGUCUUUAUCACCCAUUGACUUCUUGUUAACCUAGACAAGAGUAGAUUUUAGACUUGGCAUUGUCCGAUUCAUUAGCUGCUUGACCCGUGACAAUUAAAAUUAAGGUUAAAAUUAAAUAAAAAAUCGGUUCCCCAGUCACCCAGCCACACUUGAAGUACUUCAGUGACCGCACUUGGACGGUGGUCACCAUGCUGGACAGAACAGAUCUAGAGCAUUUUCGUCCCUGCAGACAGUGCUUUCCGCCAGCGCUGUCAUCCGCAAGGUAAAAUAAGGACACAACAAAGGUGUUCGAUUCAUGUACGAUAGCUCUUAGAUUUUACUGCAAUAGUUGAUUUGAAUAAAGCUAUUUUUCUUAUUAAAAUUAAUCUCAGCCCUUUUAAAAACCUUGGAAAAAUCAAAACCCCAUUCUUUAAAACUAAUUUUCAAUAUAUAUUUUUAAGCAGAUUCUCAGCACUUUACUUUUCAAGUAACAUAAUUAAAUCAUUUCAUAAGUCUUAAGUUAGUAUCUUUAAGAGUUUUUAUGUAGUGCUUUAACAUUGAUGAUAGUUUACACUUAUUGAACAGAAACUGGUGAAUGCUUAUUUAUUAGUAAAAAUUUGAUAAACACCAUAUUCUUCUAUUUGGUUACAUUUAAAUCUAUAUAGAGCUAAUGAAAGUUGCCAACAGUUUUUUUUCUAUCCCUAAGAUCAUAUUUGAUUAUCUUCCACCUUAAAGUACAUCAUAUCCAAAUAAUUUCUUUGUUUUUCUUCAGUUUCUUGCUCUUAACAAGUUGAAUAGUGAAUCAAGUUAAAUUUAAUGUAUGAAGCAAACAUUUUAUUCCAGUGACUUAGUGAAUGAAACAUUUUUUAAUAUUUAUUAAUUUACUUGGCCUGUUACUAAUGCACUUAACAUAAUUAAAAGAUCUAUACAAAUACAUUGUUGAGGUUUUUAAUGAAAAUAAGAGACUAAUCAUAAUUCUUUUGAAUUCAGUUUGUUACUUAAACCAUCCUGUUACGAAUUCAUGAUGCUUUUUCUCUUCUUUUUAAGAAGUUUUAUCAAGCAACAGACUUGUUCCAGUAGUAUCAAAUUCUAAGCAAAUUAUGAUGAAACAUUGUCAUUCAGGAUCACAUAAGUAAAUGGUGUAAUUUGAGUUUUUUAUUUUCUUGGUGGCCUAAUUUACUGUGUUCUACACAGACUUAUAUUAAGGGAAAUUUUCAACAUGCUUGAAAUAAGAAAUAGCAUUUUAGCAUAAACACAGGAAAUGACUGUACAUAAAUACCAAUCAGUGAUUUGAGGCCUUCUAAUCUUCCAGUGGUAGCCUUUUGUUUUUUAAGAGCCUUAGUUAUUUAAAACUCAGAAGCACCAAAAUGUCGUUGCUGUCACUGACUUUGCUGCUUCCUGGUUAUUUGUAAUUCAGAAUGCUUUGUACUCAGAAGAAUCAUUUUCAGGUUUGUUUUGUUUUGCCAUGUUCAUGGCUUGACAAUUGCCCUGCUAUUUAUAAUACCCAAUUUUUGGUUGUAUGAUGAGUGGUAAAAUUCAAACAUAUCUAAUAAUUUGCCUUAUUUUGAUUAAUAAGUUCUGUCAAAGAUUUGGGGAUAGUAAGAGGCUUUUUCCCCCCUACAGUAUUUUUUAAACUUUUCCAAUGAGCUGGAAAACACCUUAGUACAUUAGAGGUGGAGUUGUAUCAAUUACAGCCCCAGCUCUACAGCCUUAUACUCAUGUCUUAAGUAUCAUUGAUUGUUCUGUAAAUUGUUGGUUUUGACACUGUAGUCACCCACCAAAGUUUAGCCUUUGCAAAAAGUAUAUUGCUAGGUAUAGUCUUAUUUCUGAUUGACUAUUGAUAAUUUCACAUUUCAUUCUUUGUCAUUGUAGUCCAAAAAUGAAAUCCACACAGGACUCUAAAUUUCUCACUUUACAAGAGGAGUCAGUACAAAUUUAGCAACAUUGGCAACCAAGCAUUUUUCCAUGUUUACCAAGUUUACCAACUAUUUACUGUCUGUUAGAUUGGUGGAUUUUCUCAGUUUUUCUGAGGUGAAUGAGUUGGUAGAGAACCUCAGUAAGAAAGUUUUACUAAAGUUGUAAAAAUAUAAAGUUCAAGAAACCACCAGAAUAUUUUUAAUUUCUUUGAAAUCUUAUAUUGUAUUUCCUUUUGAUAUCACUUACUCAUUUUAAUUUUAUGACUGCCAACUUGUUAUGGUAUUAAUUAUAUGUAUAUGUUUAUAUGUAUGCAUAUAUUAUAUGUAUAUGAAGAAUAAAGUUAAGAUUUGGUCAAAUUAUAUUUUCCCAUUCAAGUACAAAAAUGUUUUCAAGGCUGCAAAAAGUGUACAGUUGUUAAACAAGUUGUAAAUAAAAACUUGUAUAAAAAUU